AUGAGGAAGCGCGAUUUGGCUAUUCUCAUGCUUUCCGCUUUCGCUAUUUUCUUCACUCUUCAGCAAGAUGGCGGCGUUUCCUUCAAAUACGCAUGGGUGCACCUAACCGAUGAAUAUCCAAUCAAAUACGAAGCCGAACGCCUCCCCCCUCCCUUAGUUGCCGAUCUCAACGGUGACGGAAAAAAAGAAGUUCUCGUAGCUACUCACGAUGCCAAAAUUCAGAUUUUGGAGCCACAUAGUAGGCGUGUUGAUGAAGGAUUCAGUGAGGCGCGUGUGUUGGCCGAGGUGUCUUUGUUGCCUGAUAAAGUGCGUGUCAUGUCUGGGAGACGCCCGGUUGCUAUGGCCACGGGCUAUAUUGACCGCCAUAAAAUUGGGCAACCGCAUAAACAGGUUUUGGUUGUAGUAACGUCGGGUUGGUUUGUAAUGUGUUUUGAUUCCAACCUACAGAAAUUGUGGGAAAAUAAUUUGCAGGAGGAUUUUCCCCAUAAUGCUCACCAUAGAGAGGUUUCAAUUUCUGUAAGCAAUUAUACUCUGAAGCAUGGAGAUACAGGAUUGAUCAUCGUUGGUGGGAGGAUGGAAAUGCAGCCACAUAUUUUUAUGGAUCCUUUUGAAGAAAUGGGAAUGGGAGCCAGAUUUGCUGAGCAGCAUAGAAGAAGUGCUAGUGAAAAGGAGGCUUCUGAGAACAGUGGAACUGUGGAUUUGCGCCAUUUUGCAUUUUAUGCAUUUGCUGGUCGAUCUGGUGUAGAACGAUGGAGCAGAAAAAAUGAGAACAUCGAAGCAGCUUCUUCAGACGCAUCACAGUUAAUUCCACAGCAUAACUACAAACUUGAUGCUCAUGCUUUGAAUAGACGUCAACCCGGAGAGUUUGAAUGCAGGGAAUUCAGAGAAUCAAUCCUGGGAGUUAUGCCACAUCAAUGGGAUAGGAGAGAAGAUACUUUAUUGAAGCUGGCUCACUUCAGACGGCAUAAGAGGAAAACAUUGAAAAGAACGCCAGGAAAGUCUAUUAAUUACCCUUUUGACAAGCCUGAGGAAAACCAUCCACCAGGGAAGGACUCAACCAAAAAAAUUUCUAACAUAAUCGGGAAAGCAGCAAAUUUUGCUGGUUCGGCAAAAUCUAAGAAGCAUGCGCCUUAUGUUCCCACCAUAACCAACUACACUAAGGUUUGGUGGGUUCCUAAUGUUGUCGUGGCUCAUCUAAAGGAGGGGAUAGAAGCCGUUCAUCUGGCAUCUGGUCGAACAAUAUGCAAGCUUCACCUUCAGGAAGGUGGUCUACAUGCUGAUAUUAAUGGCGAUGGAGUUCUUGAUCAUGUGCAGGCUGUUGGAGGAAAUGGUGCUGAGCAGACUGUAGUUAGUGGGUUCAUGGAAGUUCUGCGUCCUUGUUGGGCUGUUGCAUCAUCUGGCGUACCAGUACGGGAACAACUCUUCAAUGUAUCUAUUUGUCAUUAUGCCCAUUUUAACUUACUCCAACAUGGAGAACUUUAUAGAAGCUUCAGCCGAGGUUCAGAUAUGGCUUCUUUGGAAGUAGCAACACCCAUUCUCAUUCCUAGAAGUGAUGGUCACAGGCAUCGGAAGGGAAGCCAUGGUGACGUUGUCUUCUUGACAAACCGUGGAGAGAUUACAUCGUACUCUCCUGGUUUGCAUGGUCAUGAUGCUGUUUGGCAGUGGCAACAAUCAACUGGUGUCACAUGGUCAAAUCUACCUUCCCCAGCAGGGAUGAUGGAAGGUGGUUUGGUGAUUCCCACACUAAAGCCUUUUCCCUUGAGGUUGCACGACAAUAAGGAGAUGAUCCUUGCAGCUGGAGAACAAGAGGCUGUGGUAAUAUCACCCGGAGGUAGUAUAUUGGCUACAAUUGAACUACCUGGUCCACCUACACAUGUUUUGAUUCGCGAGGACUUUUCAAAUGACGGGCUCACUGACCUUAUUCUCGUCACCUCUUCUGGAGUGUAUGGCUUUGUCCAGACUCGACAACCUGGUGCUCUCUUCUUCAGUGUGCUGAUUGGUUGUCUCAUAGUCGUGAUGGGAAUUAUUUUUGUCACCCAGCACAUGAAUUCCAUGAAGGGUAAACCUCGUCCAUCAUCCGGUCCUAGGUGA